UUCUUUAUCAUCUUUUGGUCCUUCAAACUCUUUUUUCAUUCUCAUAUUCUCCAUUCUUUUUCAUCUUCUGCACUUUUUUCUUACCAUUUGUUGGUCCACUGCACCACACACACCUAACACUUUCUCUCAUCCAUUCACAUAAUUAACUACCCUUUUCCUACUCUCUUUACUUUUUUCCUAUAAAUUUCUCAAAGUCUGCAUACCCAGAAGAAGGGAAAAGAGGAUUCUGCAUUGCGAAGAGAAGCAUGGCUGGUGCAUUCAAAAAGUGUAUGAUGCUCUGUUGCACGGGCAAGAUUGUCUCGAAGGACGAGAUGGCAGGAGAAUCAUUCGGCGAAGCAAUCGCAAAACUGACCAAGCUUCUCAGUGAAAAAGCUGAACUCGGCGACGUCGCCACCUUAAAGAUCUCGCAGCUGACGGCGGAGCUAGAGGCUGCCGGUGCGAAGCGCUGUGUCCCGGAGGAGAGGAUCAAAACGGGAUUCAUCACCUUUAGGAAUGAGAAAUUUUUGAGAAAUCCUGAUCUAUAUGCCGACCUUGCCAAAGGCCAAAGCCCAAAGUUUAUGGUAUUUGCCUGCUCGGACUCGAGAGUUUGUCCAUCCCAUAUUCUGGAUUUCCAACCUGGUGAAGCCUUUGUGGUCCGAAACAUUGCCAACAUGGUUCCACCGUAUGAUAAGACGAAAUAUUCAGGAGCUGGGGCAGCCAUUGAGUAUGCAGUCACGCAUUUAAAGGUGGAGAAUAUUGUAGUUAUUGGACACAGUUGCUGUGGUGGUAUAAAGGGGCUCAUGUCUAUCCCAGAUGAUGGGACCACUGCAAGUGAAUUCAUAGAGCAAUGGGUCCAAAUAUGUACUCCAGCAAGGUCCAAGAUUAAAACAGAAACAAGUGCAUUAAGCUUCGAAGAACAGUGCACUAACUGUGAGAAGGAAGCUGUGAAUGUGUCACUGGGGAAUCUGUUAAGUUAUCCUUUUGUUAGAGCUGGUGUGGAGAACAAAUCUCUAGCUUUGAAAGGAGCACAUUAUGAUUUCGUUAAUGGCACUUUUGAGCUGUGGGAUUUGAACUACAAGCUUUUGCCCUCUAUUUCUAUUUAAGAUUUCUCUUUUCAGCAGAUUUUUUGCUGCUUUUUUUAGUGCUGUUCUUUGUAGAAAAUAAAAAAUAUGCUGAUAUUGAUAUAUAUUAAUUUUUUUAGUUUAUUUUAAAACAUCAAAAUCAGUGUAUUUUAAAAACUAAACAUAAGAACAGCACUGAAAAAUUAAGUAAAAAAUUCACUGCAAACCUGCACUAUAUGUACACUUUUGCUGAGGUUCCCAUAGAAAAGAUUCAGACAUUCAGAAAGAAUAAUGGUCUGUGAGGUAGUAGUAAUAGUAACUAGUAAACUAAUUUUUUAUUUCCACCAAAGUACCAUUAUCAUCAUCUCUGUUAUGAAUAAUACAUUACUGUUAUUUAUUUUAAUUUUGACUU